AUGGAACAGUCAGACUCUGGUGGUCACAAAAUUCAAAACAGUCCAAAGCCUCUGCAGAGUCUGCGCGGCCGCCACUGCGCGCCAAAGAGGUGGGGAUGGUUAACAGGUCGUUUCAAGGUGGAUCACAUCCUGGAGGAGAUUGUGGCCCGCUUCGGGGAGGCCACUGUCCUUGCAUGGUCAGGGAAGCUGUCGUCAUACAACAGCUAUCCCCCGGCUUCCAUUUCUGUCUACAACCAAACUCUCCGCAACUUCAAGGGGAAGAAAUGGAAACGCGCAUCACGGAACUUCGCAGAAAGCUGUCCUAGCAGGAAACCCAGAGCAUCUAUUGUCUGA